UAAACGGUCGCAAGGGCAACUGAGAGCAGCCCCCAUUUCUACUUGCCUUCCUCCUCUCCCCCCCGAGUCUCAGAUACUCCUCUCUCUCUAUCUCUCUCUUUCUCUUUCUCUCUCGUGGAGAUGGGAGCUGGCAAGGCCUUGUCCUAUGAGGAGAUGCGCCAGAAGAAGCUGGAGGAGAACAAGAGGAAGCUGGAGGAGCUAAACCUGAGCCAUCUCUCUUUGGUCCUGCGAGAGGCCACCAGCCCCAAGACCACCCCGACUAAGCAGACAAAGCGAAAGGUGCCGCAAGAAGGGGGCUUGGUGGCUGUAAGGAGGUCGGAUCGUCUCGCCAACCUUCCACAGCAGCCCACCUAUCGUGAAGUUGCUUCAGAUAUCGUGGAGAGGCCUAGAAGAAGUUUCAAGCGUAGAUGUUUAGCAGAUCGAGUGUAUGCCUCAGAUGAAGCUAGGUUGUAUGCUCAGACAAAAGCAGAAGAACUUGAAUCACAACUUGAUCCAAAAUUUCCCACCUUUGUCAAGCCUAUGCUCCAAUCCCAUGUUACUGGGGGCUUUUGGCUGGGUCUUCCUAGGCAUUUCUGUACCAAGCAUUUGCCAAGAAAAGAUACGAUGAUGACCUUGGUUGAUGAAAAUGGUGAUGAAUUCAAAUCUCUUUACCUUGCCCCCAAGAAUGGAUUGAGUGGUGGAUGGAGAGGUUUUUCGAUUUAUCAUGAGUUAGUUGAUGGUGAUGCACUUAUUUUCCAGUUGAUCAAGCCUACAACAUUCAAGGUUUACAUAAUCAGAGCAAGUGGCUACGAUCAGAGUUGAUGCGAACAAGUUUCGUUCAUGACUAGAGAAAAUGCCAACAAUGCAGGCAAAUGAUGAUACCGAGAUGGUGGUAACACAAAAGCAGUUCAUGGUUUCAAUCCGGCUAACGUAUAGAACCUUACUGCAAGACAGGCAUUGCUUGUUCGUUGUUUUU